ACGUGCGCACCGCCGGCGGCGCGGGUCGCUGGGAGCCGGUCCGCCUCCUGAACGGGGAGCCGCGGGGAGCGAGCGGAGGCCGUCACGAUGAACACGGUGCUGUCACGGGCCAACUCGCUGUUCGCCUUCUCGCUGAGCGUGAUGGCGGCGCUCACCUUCGGCUGCUUCAUCACCACCGCCUUCAAAGACAGGAGCGUCCCGGUGCGGCUCCACGUCUCGCGGAUCAUGCUAAAAAACGUGGAAGACUUCACUGGACCUAGAGAAAGAAGUGAUCUGGGAUUCAUUACAUUUGAUAUAACUGCUGAUCUUGAGAACAUAUUUGAUUGGAAUGUUAAGCAGUUAUUUCUUUACUUAUCAGCUGAGUAUUCAACAAAAAAUAACGCUCUGAACCAAGUUGUCCUCUGGGACAAGAUUGUUCUGCGAGGUGAUAACCCGAAGCUGCUGCUGAAAGACAUGAAAACAAAGUAUUUUUUCUUUGACGAUGGGAAUGGUCUCAAGGGAAACAGGAAUGUCACUUUGACCCUGUCUUGGAAUGUCGUACCAAAUGCUGGAAUUCUACCUCUUGUGACAGGAUCGGGACAUGUGUCUGUCCCAUUUCCAGAUACAUAUGAAAUAACGAAGAGUUAUUAAAUUAUUCUGAAUUUGAAACAAAAUAUUUUUAUACUUAAUGGACUGUGUCUCAUUUAUCUCUACCCCUGCAUCUUCAUGUUUUUUAUUUUUACUUUUUUUUUUCUUUGAGAACUAACAUCAGAAGGCAUAUUUGAAGGGACAAGUUAGUAUAUUACUUAAACCAAAUUUUAAAAGCAAAGCCGCUAGGAGUGGAGAAUUGUAAGAAUAAGGCAACUACACACACAGGAAAACUAUUUGUAAAAAGUUUUGCGUUAUUUCCUGUAUUUCCAUUAUUCAUGUAAAGUGCGCAUGAAGGGUGAUUACACUCUCAGGUGCCUGUUAGAGUCUUAAGAACUUUAGUUUAUGCCUUGCAUUCAUGCAGACUAACAUUGGAUAUAAUUAAUAAGUAGACAUUUCUUCGAUUAUUGAAAGAAGUAAUGUGGCUAUUUGGUAGAAACCUAGUUUACGAAAAAGCCAAAUGUGGUGGAAUUUUAUUCCAUUUGUCUUGGGAAUGCUAUAAUGCUUUUUUUUUUUUUUUAUAGAUGGCUAGUAAUUUUUUUUUCACUUGAAAGACUAAAUACCUCUUUAUAUUUAGCUGUAAAUACAAAAUAUUCUAAUUUCAAAAUCAUUUAGGUCAACUAGAUGUGUGUCUUUCAGUGGUUUCUCUAAAAACAUUCCAUUGUAUUAUAUCUUUGUAAUUUUUUAGCAUUGCUAUUGGAAGUUGAAAAUUUUUGCAUGGUUUACUCCUUGAGUUUAAGUUUGUUCUAUUAAGCAUGCUUAGUGCCAUCAGGUGGUAGUUAGUUUUCUAUAGGUCCACAUUUUUGUAACUAUUGAGGUAAUAAUAAUAAUUAAUAUUUCUUGUAUACUUUUCCAUUUAAAAAGCACUCGUACAGUUUCUUGUAUUUUAUCCUCAGCCUAAUGGGAUAAAUUGUGUAGGGGUUAUUUUUGCAGAUGAAGAAACUGAAACCCAGAGGUUUACUGAGUUGCUGCAAGCUCAAAUAGAAAACAGCAAAAAAGAGUUAACUCGGAUCUUAAGAUUCUGUAAGAUUGUCUUUUAUUAUACAUCAGAAUGCAGGCCAAUUAAAUUUCACUUUUAAUUUUCAUAACAUUGUGCUCGCUUCGGCAGCACAUAUACUAAAAUUUUCAUAGUAUGCUCCGUUACCCUGAAGCUGCUGAUAAUCCAUAUGUAGAUGUAUUUUAUUUCAUUCUCUGCAUAUAUGAGAAUAUCUAAAGGUAAUUAAAAUAAUUUAGAAUAAUCAUAUUUAACGUUUUUCUUUUGCAGUUGACAAAGUCCUUUAAGGUAGCAACUUUUAGUUACUCUUAAGAGCAAGACUAAACCAUAAUUAUGUUGUUAGUAGUAAUCAAAAAGGGCUAAUAUUUCCUAAGGAAGUUUAAAUCAGUUACUAGCAGUUGUUCCAUAUUAUGAAAGACAUCACUAUCUAGUUAUAUUCAUUUUAUUGGUUUUUAUAUCUAGCUGUAUGGUUCACGUAAAAGCAUGUAGCUAGGAGUUUUCCGAAGUAGCAGAAAAGUCGAGUAUAAUGUCAUGACUGUCUUAACUGGCUUUGGCUCCCAGCCUUUUCAGUGAGCUGUUCUGGGUUUCAGUCUCUUUCUCUGUAAAAUGACAGAUGAUUUGUUCUAGUUAACUCAAGUGGUGGUCCUUCUACAUGUACAUCUGAAAUUUCAGCUGUUUAGCAGACAUAACAAAAGCACCUUGGUAGUAGUGAGAGAUCAGGAAAAUGAUUCGUAUUGUCAACCUUCGUUAGAUUUAUACCAGAAAAUUUACAUGAUGUGAAUACCAAGGCAAGAAAGUGCAAAACCUGCAAGUGUCCUUGCUUGUCAUUUGCUUGUAUUCUCCAAGUUUGGAGAGGAAGACUAGGAUGAAGCCCAACACAAUGUGGAUAACUACCCAGGGCAAGGACGCUCUAACACAGCAGCGGAGCCUGGGGCUUGGAAGCUUAAUUUUGGGUGUGCACAGCUUUGUUAGUUCAUUAUAGAUGUACUUUCCAAAAAAACUGACUUGUGCUCAGUUGGUAAGGUUACCUUCGUCUUGAUGUUUUAAAGGUAGUUCUUGCAAGUCUGUCCAAAGACACAAAUAUGUUUAGAAAAGGCUGGGUGGGCAGAGAGGAUUGUGAGAAAAGGGAUGGCAAGACACUUUAGUUAGAGCUAGAAUGAGCGAAUUUUAAAAUAUUAGGUCCAUUAUAUCCUAUCCCUAGUUAGGUUUACCUAGACAAACAACAUUAACAGUGUUUUUAUAUUCCCCUUGUUAAUUAUACUUGUUUAAUGAUGAAAAGAAGAUAACAGAAAACUUAAAUUCUUAAGACUGUAUUGAGACGGGUUUACUUUGAAUCACCUUUUUUGAAACUGCUUUUCUUUUAGCUGCCAGUUAGUAACAACAAGGGAGGAGCUUUAAGGUGCUAAUGGACCUUUAUGAAAUCUUGUCUGUGUAAAGCUAGGAAUUGAAAGCUCUGGCUGUUUGAGGUGUAUAGGUUAAGUGUUACUUUGUAAUGCUCUGAAUUGACAUGAAGUGGGUUUAUGAAAAAAAAAAAAAGCUGGGAACUUUGGUAAUAAGAUCUUCAUUUCUCCAACAUUCUUUGCUUUUAGAAAAGACUAUGUUACAUGUGACUGCCAGUGGUUUCAUAUUAAAGAUGUUGCAUGUUUUUGAUGCAAUACGGGAAAUUGUUUACUUCACAAGUACAGAUUGAUAAGAAAUUCAUGAAAAUAGUGAAUAUACAUUUCAGGAUUUUAAUUGCAAUAAAUACUCAGCAUUUUUUUCUAAUGAAAGUAAGUUGCUUACAAGUAAAAGUAUACAUUUUAGGAGAUUUUCAGGUUUAUGCUUUUAUGUGAAGCUGCUAACUUAAAAGUGGAACAAACCACUUUAUUUUUUUUCAGUGGGUGUGGGAAGGUUAGUUGGAUCUGAAAUACCUUCUCAGGAGACUGUUAGCUCCUAUUUAGACUGUAAGCUCUGUGAGGGCAGUCAGAUUUAGUUGUGUGUAUUCCCUAACACUUAGCCUGUACCUCACACCUCAUGGGUGCCCAAUAAAUCCUGAUGGUGAA